GGAGCCUAAAGUGCUCUCUGUCACUCAGAGCUGUAACUGGCACAGAGAGAACUACCUGUCUGUCUCUUUGGAAUACAGAUAAGAUAACAAGAGGAUCACGACAAAAUGAGUUCCAAGGCAAAGUCAGUUGGGAUCAUCGGAGCUCCUUUCUCAAAAGGACAGCCACGAGGAGGGGUGGAAGAAGGCCCUGCAGCACUGAGAAAUGCUGGCCUAGCUGAAAAACUUAAAGAGCAAGAGUGUGAUGUGAAAGAUUAUGGGAACUUGUCCUUUGCUGAUGUGCCCAAUGAUACCCCUUUUCAAAUUGUGAAGAAUCCAAGGACUGUGGGCAAAGCUAAUGAGCAGCUGGCUGAAGUGGUAGCAGAAGUGAAGAAGGAUGGGAGAACCAGCUUGCUACUUGGGGGGGAUCACAGUUUGGCGAUUGGAAGUAUCUCUGGCCAUGCCAAAGUUCAUCCUGAUCUCUGCGUCAUUUGGGUAGAUGCACAUAGUGAUAUCAACACUCCUCUGACAACCACAACUGGCAACUUACAUGGACAACCUGUGUCUUUCCUUAUGAAGGAACUAAAGGGAAAGAUGCCUGAUAUUCCAGGAUUCUCUUGGGUGACACCCUGCUUAUCAGCUAAGGACAUUGUAUACAUUGGAUUGAGAGAUGUGGAUCCUGGUGAACAUCGCAUCCUUAAAGAUCUGGGUAUUAAAUUUUUUUCAAUGACUGAAGUGGACAAACUUGGAAUUGCCAAGGUGAUGGAAGAAACACUAAGUUACUUAAUAGGAGGGAAGAAAAGACCAAUUCAUCUGAGUUAUGAUGUGGAUGGAUUGGACCCGUUGACGACCCCGGCUACUGGCACACCCGUCCCUGGAGGCCUGACUUACAGAGAAGGUCUCUAUAUUACAGAAGAAAUCUGUAGAACAGGGCUCCUCUCGGGAUUAGACAUAAUGGAAGUCAAUCCAUCCCUUGGGAAAACACCAGAAGAAGUAAAUCGGACAGUGAAUACUGCUAUUGCAUUAACUUUGUCCUGCUUUGGAGUAGCUCGAGAGGGCAAUCACAGGGCCAAUUGACUGUAAAUAAGUCUGAAUUAUUCUGAAAAGGAAUUGGGGGGGGGAUGGAGGAGGGAAGAGAAUUGAUAUUCAAUGCUGGCUAACAAUAAGCAACUCUAAAAAUUGUGCUUAAGCCUACACUUUCCCCAAAGCCUUUUGCCAAAUUUUAACAGGUAGAUAAUUAAAGUUCUAAUCUCUUCUUUAGUGUGAAAUCAAAGUAUUUUUGCUUGCCCUUUAGUUACAGUAACCUUGGGGAAGACAAAUGUAAACUUGAGGCUAAUUCAUUAAUUUAGCUGGUUUAACAACAUAAAUGUGUAUAUAGUGAAAACUGGUAACAGGAGGCAAACAGCAUUAAUCUGUUAAUUUGCCAUGUGUGCCUGUACGUAAAAUAUCUGCUAGAGACCAAACUUAAGCUAAUACUGAACAGGUAACAACAAGGACCAUAUUCAUCUGAGUUUUUAGUUCUUUUUAUAAGGAAGAAUAGCUUCAUAGACUCUAUGCCUUCCCAUUCUUCCACCAGUAAUGCUGAAGAUUUAUUUUUAUAUGAGAUCUUAACCUUCUGAAAUAGUUGACUGAAUAAAUUUAUGUCACUAAGUCUGUGUAGGGAAAUGCCUUGUUAUGAAGUUUCUUUCUUUAAAAUGUAUGACUACUAAUAAAAAUACUUGGUCAAAUUUA